AAUGAAACAUCAUCUAGUCGAGAGAGAGAGAGAGAGAGCUGUGCUCAGCAAAGAAAGCAAGAAGCCUCCCUCCGAGGCUCCGACCCAUGGCUUUCCGCUCCGUCUUCGACUAUGGAGCUCUCCGAACCGAGCUCGAGAACGCCGGCAUCAGCGCUCACUUCAUCCCCCUCAUAUGGAAGUACGUCCUCCAGAACCCUAUUUGCGAGCUGGACGAGGUCCCCUCCCUUCCUUCUUCGGCCUAUCCUCUUCUCCGCUCCAAGUUCCGGGCCUUGACGUCGUCCCUCUCCUCCGCCGUGGACUCCAGGGAUCGGGUUACCACCAAGCUCCUCAUCAGCCUCCAGAAUGGCACUUCUGUUGAAGCUGUAAUUAUGAGGUAUGAUACACGAUUGGGGAAGUAUGAUGGGAAACCUCGACCAGGAGGUCCAAGAUCAACCUUGUGUGUGUCAUCUCAGGUGGGUUGCAAGAUGGGUUGUAAAUUCUGUGCCACUGGGACAAUGGGUUUUAAGAAUAAUCUGUCAUCUGGAGAGAUUGUGGAGCAGUUGGUCCAUGCAUAUCGCUUCUCACACAUACGAAAUGUAGUUUUCAUGGGAAUGGGUGAGCCAUUAAAUAACUAUGCUGCUGUUGUGGAAGCUAUCCAGAUCAUGACAGGAUUUCCGUUUCAGCUGUCACCUAAAAGAAUUACAGUUUCAACUGUUGGGAUCAUUCAUGCCAUCAACAAGCUCCAUGAUGACUUGCCCAAUGUGAACCUGGCUGUAUCACUGCAUGCACCAGAUCAAGAUAUCCGUUGUCAAAUAAUGCCUGCAGCACGGGCUUUUCCUCUAGGAAAGCUUAUGGAUGCAUUACAGACAUAUCAAAAGAACAGUCAACAUAAAAUUUUUAUUGAGUACAUCAUGCUGGAUGGGGUUAAUGAUCAGGAGCAGCAUGCACAUCAGCUUGGUAGUCUACUAGAAAUGCUUAAAGUGGUUGUGAACUUAAUACCUUUCAAUCCAAUUGGUACUAAAAGUUGUUUCAGGACCAGCACUGAACAGAAUGUGAGGAAGUUCCAGAAAAUCCUAAGAGGCAUCUAUAAUAUCCGGACAACUGUUCGCCAGGAAAUGGGUCAAGAUAUAAGUGGUGCUUGUGGCCAGCUGGUGGUGAACCUUUCAGAACAGAGAUCAGUAGGUAGUGCAGGUCUCUUGACUGAUAUUGAGGAUCUUCGCAUCUAGUAUUGCUAUUAGCUGUUGUCCAACUUUAUUUCAGCCGGGCUCUUUCUUUUGUAACUAGCUGUGGCUCACCCUUUUGUUUUUGUUAGUGCUCCCUAUAAGUGCGCCUAUGCAAAUUUGGCAUGCUUCAUACCAGUUUCUUCAUUCACAAUGGAAAGAAUUCAAAAGAAACAAAGCCCUUUGGAGUCCAUGCUGAUCUCUUCUGUAAGAAUGUAGAUGCAAAUUUUGGGCCGGUUUGUAUAGAUGAAGCCAAAGGCUGUAAAUGCUGUGAUGAGACCUUUGUGCAAUCAUAACACUUCAAUGAAGAUUUUGAAGAGUCAAUCUUCUGGCCAAAAUUUUUGUUAACAAUGGGUUUGGGCACUAAUGUUAUGCUACAAAGGUAAAGAGAGGAUAUUUUUGCUUAGUUAUUUGUACUCUCUCUUGACAUUUGUGGCACUUGCUCUUUUG